GCUCGCUUGACCCUCCUGGGCAGCGCCUGCCUCCUGGGCUGCUCCAACGGGCAGGCGGAGGCGUUUGUCGCCGUCUCGAGCGGGUCUCGCGAGAGUUCCCUCCCUCGGCCGGGAGGCGGAGAACAGCGCCGUUUCCCCUCCCCUCGCUGCCUGGCUGCCUGCCUCCCUCCCCCUCCAGGAAGAGCCUGGGCCCGACACGGGAAGAUGGCGGCGGCCGGAGGCGGCGGCAGCGGCAGCGCGGGCUGCGGCGGCUCCCGGGCGGCAGGAGGGCCCGAGCUGUGAGACCCCCAAGGCAGGGCCGGCGUGAACGGGCGAGCGGCGGCGGAGGAUGAGCUUGCUUUGCGCUCAGUAUCUCCGGCAGGCAGAAGUCCUGAAGGCUGACAUGACGGAUUCAAAGCUGGGUCCAGCUGAGGCCUGGACAUCCAGACAGGCUUUGCAGGACUUAUACCAGAAAAUGCUGGUAACAGAUUUGGAGUAUGCAUUGGACAAAAAAGUGGAACAAGAUCUGUGGAAUCAUGCCUUUAAGAAUCAGAUCACAACUCUACAGGGUCAAGCAAAAAACCGAUCAAAUCCAAAUCGGAGUGAAGUUCAGGCUAACCUCUCUCUGUUCUUAGAGGCAGCUAGUGGCUUCUACACACAGCUACUGCAGGAGCUGUGCACAGUGUUUAAUGUAGAUUUGCCCUGUCGUGUGAAGUCCUCCCAACUGGGAAUUAUCAGCAAUAAACAGACGCACACCAGCGCCAUUGUGAAGCCACAAUCUAGCUCCUGCUCAUAUAUAUGCCAGCACUGCCUUGUCCACCUUGGAGACAUUGCUCGCUACAGAAAUCAGACCAGCCAGGCUGAGUCCUACUACAGACAUGCAGCUCAGCUUGUCCCAUCCAAUGGUCAGCCUUACAAUCAGCUGGCUAUUUUAGCAUCCUCCAAAGGAGAUCACCUGACCACAAUUUUCUACUACUGCAGAAGCAUUGCUGUGAAGUUCCCUUUCCCAGCUGCCUCUACUAACCUACAAAAAGCACUUUCUAAAGCACUGGAAAGUCGUGAUGAGGUGAAGACUCAAUGGGGAGUGUCUGAUUUCAUUAAGGCAUUUAUAAAAUUCCAUGGCCAUGUGUAUCUGAGUAAGAACUUGGAGAAAUUGAACCCUCUUCGUGAGAAAUUAGAGGAGCAGUUCAAGAGGCUGCUGUUCCAAAAAACCUUUAAUUCUCAGCAGUUAGUCCACAUUACCGUCAUCAACCUGUUUCAGUUGCAUCACUUACGAGACUUUAGCAAUGAGACUGAGCAGCACAGUUACAGUCAGGAUGAACAGCUCUGCUGGACACAGAUUCUGGCUCUAUUCAUGUCUUUUCUUGGAAUCCUGUGCAAGUGUCCUCUCCGGAAUGAUUACCAGGAAGAGUCUUGGGGUUCUUAUCCCCUUCCUGCACUUAAAGUCUCAAUGGACUGGCUGAAACUUAGACCCAGCGUAUUUCAGGAAGCUGUGGUUGAUGAAAGACAAUAUAUUUGGCCUUGGCUGAUUUCCCUGCUAAAUAGUUUUCAGCCUCAUGAGGAAGACAUCUCCUGCCCUAAUGCCACCCCUCUCCCAGAGGAGUUUGAGCUGCAGGGAUUCUUAGCUUUGAGACCCUCUUUCAGGAACUUGGAUUUUUCAAAAGGCCAUCAAGGGAUUUCAGGAGACAAAGAAGGGCAGCACCGGCGAAUACGGCAACAGCGCCUGAUCUUCACAGGCAAAUGGAUUGCUGACAACCAGCCAAGGCUGAUCCAAUGUGAAAUUGAGAUUGGGAAACUUCUGUUUUUGACAGAGAUCCCAGAAUUGCUGCUUGAUGACUAUAGUGAAUUGAAACAGAGUCACAUUCUGCAGGAAGCAGCAGAGCCACAGUUUGCAGACGGGAGCCCAGGACUUAAGUCAGUGCUGUCAACAGGUCGAAACCUGAGCAGCAGCUGUGAUGCAGGAGAUAAGCCAAUGGUGACAUUCAAAGAGAACAUUAAACCCCGAGAGGUAAACAGGGAGCAAGGCCGAAACUAUCUGACUAAGGAAGUGGGUAGGGAAAGAAGGGAUUAUAGUAAAGGAAUAACAGUCAAUAAAAAUGAUGGGAAGAAGGACAACAACAACAACAAGAGGAAGAACGAGAUCAAGAAAUGUGGCAUGGAAAAGAUGCAGGAAGCAGGGAAGCAGAAUGUAGCAGUGCAGGUAAAAUCCCAGACUGAGUUGAGGAAGACUCCCGUGUCUGAAGCCAGGAAAACACCAGUCACUCAGUCUCCCAACCAGGCCAGCAACUCCCAGUUCAUACCCAUCCAUCACCCAGGAGCUUUCCCUCCUCUUCCUAGCCGGCCAGGCUUCCCACCUCCCGCCUAUGUUAUCCCCCCUCCUGUGGCUUUCCCUAUGGGCUCAGGAUAUACUUUCCCAGGUGGCGUUUCUGUCCCAGGAACCUUUCUUCAGCCUGCAGCUCAUUCACCUGCAGGAAACCAGGUGCAAGCUGGGAAACAAUCCCACAUUCCUUACAGCCAGCAGCGGCCCUCUGGACCAGGCCCAAUGAACCAGGGACCUCAGGCACCCUCCCCUUCUCAGCAGUCCCUUGCAUCCUUACCAGCUCAGGCAACAGCACAGUCUGCAAGCCAGUUGCAGGUCCAGGCUCUGGCCCAGCAGCAGCAGCAACAGCAACAGCAGCAACAACAACAGUCCCCUACAAAAGCUGUUCAGGCCUUAGGGAAGAGUUCUCCACACCACUCUGGAUUCCAGCAGUAUUCCCAGGCAGACUCCUCCAAGCAGCUCUGGAAUCCUCCUCAGGUCCAAGGCCCGUUGGGGAAGAUCAUGCCUGUGAAGCAGCCCUACUAUCUUCAGGGCCAAGACCCCCUAAAACUGUUUGAACAGUCCAUGCAGCCUCCCCUCCUGCAACAGCAGCAGCCUCUGGAGAAGAAGAUGAAGCCUUUCCCCAUGGAGCCAUAUAACCAGAAUCCCUCAGAGGUUAAGGGGCCAGAAUUUUACUGGGACUCCUAUGGCAUGGCUGAUAACCGCAUCAUGAUGGCACAGCAGCAAGCUAACAUGGACCGCAGAGGGAAACGUCAGCCAGGAGUCUUCCGCCCAGAGCAGGAUCCAGUGCCUAGGAUGGGUUUUGAGGACCCCAAGAGCUCCCCUCUGCUUCCUCCGGACCUGUUAAAGAGUCUGGCUGCCUUGGAGGAGGAGGAAGAGCUGGUUUUCUCUAAUCCUCCUGAUCUUUACCCAGCUCUGCUGGGUCCUCUCACCUCUCUUCCUGGACGAAGCCUCUUUAAAUCACUGCUGGAGAAACCAUCAGAUCUAAUGUCUCAGUCAUCUUCUUUCUUGUCGCUCACGGGCUUCUCUCUUAAUCAGGAAAGAUACCCAAACAGCAUGUUCAAUGAGCUUUAUGGUAAAAACCUCAAUGCCAGCACAAAACCAGAGGUCGCUCCAUCAGUGGCGCACCAGGAGACUUCACUCUACUCCCUCUUUGAAGGUACUCCGUGGUCUCCAUCUCUUCCAGCCAGUUCAGAUCAUUCAACACCAGCUAGUCAGUCUCCUCAUUCCUCUAACCCAAGCAGCUUGCCAAGCUCUCCUCCAACCCACAACCACAAUUCUGUUCCAUUUUCCAACUUUGGGCCCAUUGGGACUCCAGACAACAGGGAUCGGAGGGUCGUAGAUCGAUGGAAGACUGAUAAGCCAGCAAUGGGAGGAUUUGGCCUGGACUAUCUCCCAGCAACAUCUUCCUCAUCAGAGAGUAGCUGGCACCCAGCCAGCACUCCCAGUGGUACCUGGUCAGCCCAUGGCCCGUCUGUAGAGGAUUCAUCAGCUGUGCUUAUGGAAAGCCUGAAGUCUAUCUGGUCCAGUUCGAUGAUGCACCCUGGACCGUCUGCCCUGGAGCAGCUGCUGAUGCAGCAGAAGCAGAAGCAGCAACGUGGGCAAGGGGCCAUGAAUCCACCGCACUGAGAACGAAAGGGUGGCAACCUUUGCAACCGAAAAGCUCCAUACAUCAUGGCAUGUUGGGUUUGCAGGACUGUCUCACACGGCCCUGUGCGCGUGGCAGCCCUCUCUUCUGUUCCUUGCCGUCAGGAGGGCGUAAGUGCUCCACCAACCCACUGAGUGUGCACGAAAAUGUCUGCAGUGCAACGGAAAACCAACACCAGGAACUCUCCCAUCCCUCCGGGGCCCUCUGGAGGGAGAGAGGGACUGCUGUUUGUCUCACGGUAACCCGAUAUCACCGCCUCUCACCUUCUCCAUCGUGCAUGUCCCCAGCCAUGUGGGAAAAUAAAAUGCUGAGAAUGAAGAGCAGAUGGGAGAAGCCACUGAGAACUUCUCAAUCCUUCUCCUCAGUUCUGGGGAAACCAAUAGGAGUCUAUUACCGAUAGCUUUGCUGACUGAGAAUGUAGUUGAAAUUUAUUCCUCAACAUCUAAAUUUCCAAUUAUUACUCUCUCAGUUGUAAGGCCACACUGAAUUCUUCCAUACACAGGUGUGCUUUUUGUAGUCAGUGUGUAGCAACCCCUCCAGUCGCUGGUCCAGCCCAAGGUGGGUGGGGGUGCUAGCGUCCGUCUCCCGAGUUGGGUAAGAGUUUUCGGAAGGAGAAUCUGCCCCCUCCAGUACCACUUCCACCUUUUUCUCAGAGGUCGUCCCUGGAAUAAUCCCAAGCGGGGGAAAUUCCAGUACUGAAGUGCAGUGGUCACUGCAGGGCUCUCCGUUAGGGCAAGCAAACCACUGCUAUGGGGUUUUAAGUUAAAUGGUUCAGAUUCCUGUACAUUUUAUGAUAGUGUAGUGACCAGCCUCAUGAAAUGGCAAGCUGGUCUGUGCAUUCACAGCCUGACUCCCUUUUUUAUGUAGGUAGAUUAAAAGCUUUGUGUCUUUUCCCCCACCCCCUUUCUCCCUCCUCCUCCUCCUUCCCCUUUCCAUGCUGGUUGCUUGUAGUUUUGUUCUUCAUAUACAGCAUCCCAGUCGUAGCAGGAUAAUGGGGAGUAAAGGAGCUAGUCUGGACAGGAUGAUGUGUGCAAUCCCUCUCCCUAUAGGUGUAUGCCCCCUCCACAGGCCUGCAUACAUGGAAGUUCAAGGCAGCAGAGGACACAUCACAUGGAGCCCGCACACAGAAGCCAAGCGUCCUACUUGCCCCUACAAGGGUGCACAAUGGGGACAAAGGGUUCCACUGGAUAUAUUUAUUUGAGCAGAAGGAAGACUGCAAAUCUUCUUGCAUAGGAUAAAAGGACAGCAUUUAUUUUUGUUUCCCAGCGUAGUUACGGAAGCAACCUAAAUACGAGAAACUGCUGCAGUCGCAGGAGUGUGUGUGUGUGUGCGCGCGUCUGUCAGUUCAGGAUCUGCAAGCUGGGAAAUGGCUGCAGAGCAAAGCACAUCCAGGGUCCACAAGGGACGUUGUGGAGUCGGGGAGCAGCCCCAUAUUGACUUGAUAUAAAAGGGAAGAUGUAUGCAUAGUGCUCUGUCUAGGAUAGGAAUUGGACCCCCUUUGCCUCCCCAUGCUAGCAGUGUUGCUGCUCUGCAUCACAUCUCUAAACGAUGUUCCUCCGAAGCAAAAGUCUCAAGGAUUAAGUUCCUCUUCUGGUUGUAAUCUUCAGCUGAGACCCUCUGUGCUUCUUUGAUGCCCUGCCCCUGCUUCCAGCCCACCCUUCUUCCAGUUUGUGUAUUUGAGCUGUGCAUCAAGGCAGCUGCAACAUUCCAGCGUUUGAACCACCACCGAUUCUUGCACCCUAGGCAACCUAACCAGGUUCAUCAUCUGACUCUCUCAGCAGCGCCAGAGUCCCAGCCCAUAGGCUCCCAUUUCUGCAUGAGAAGUCUGGUGUUUAGAAUGUUUUUCUUGAUCUUUUGAGCAGGGCUCCCUAUCCCCCCCCCCCGUACUUACACACCCACACCCACCCUGCUGUCAGGAGCCUCAAGGGAAGGGAAGAUCUCCCCCCAGCAGAGAAAACUGGUUUGUGUCGUAAGCUUCUUUUGUGUUUUUGUCUGUCUGUGCGAGACCUGCAGCUGCUGAACUCAGCUUUGCCUUUAAUUAAACCAUGUUCUCUACAGCCAGCCUUGUGUAGUUACAUCUUCUUUCAUCACUGAGCUGCAGUUGAAAACUGUAUUGAUUGUUUCCCCACCCCCACCCCAAAAGGGGAAGUGCUAAGUUAUGACAUCUUACUCUGUUCAGUAGUGAAAGGGGUUGAUAGUGCAAUGGAAGUUUUGACUGCACUUAAGCAUCUAGGUGGGGACAAGUCCAGAGCAGACGAGGUUGCAGCAAAAUAUUACCUCCUGUUUGAUUUCAGCUACAGAGAGUUACAAAAGGGCUGGUGGUGACAAAAUGCUAGAGGCAUACACAUUGCUAAAUAGUUUUCCAGAACUUGGGUACUAUAAAUAUCUAAUGUUUGGCUGAUUGAACUCUUUGGAACCAGAAUGAAAUUGCCAGCCCUUUUUACUAAGGAGUCGUUUCAUGAUUUCUUUAAGUCUGAGUGGUAAGACAGACACACACAUUAAAGAACAAUGCAGUUUUAUUGAGAAAAUGACAGAACUGCAGCUUUUUGUGGAAACUUCGAACAUCUAAAAGUGACUGAGAGCUGUACUGCCUUUCAAGGAUUUAUUAAGCAUUUCAAAAUGUAGCUAUCAUUCUGGAAAGGCAUUGCAGAGUAACUGAACCACUGAUGAUUAAUCACCUGGAAGCUGAAUUCUUGCAAACUAACUUUUCAAGUCUGUUAACUGGGAUUCCCAGGUUGUAUCCCAGAGACACACAUGCAGUUAAGAAAAACCACCAAAACUCUUUUGCCGCAGGACAUGAGAGGCCUUGUAGCUUCUCCUGCACCUUUUGUUUCAUCUUGAAUAAGGUGCCCUGAUAAAUAAGGUGUUACAGCAAGAGGAUGCAGAACAGACUUCAGAAGCCAAGGGGGAUUCAUCUUAGAGAAGUUAAAGCUGUGUGCAUGUCCUCUGUAGACAGUGACUUGGGAACCCGUGCCAGAAACUGAAAUGGACAACCAUGUUGUCUGCUAUUGCUGUAACCAUUAUGACUGGUCAUAGAAGGAUGAACCCAACAGUUUUCUCAUAUAACCAGUUUGGCUCAUGUUUUAGCUA